AAAAAAACCAGUUCUUUUGAUGUAUUCGUAAAAGUUAUUGACCAAGAUCCAAUUUCUCGAGAUGUCUACCAAAAAUUGGCCGCACUUCAACCAGAAUUACCACGAGAUCACAACAUUUCAGAUGCGAGAAAAAAUAUAAAUGAUGAAAUGAAUAAACAAGUUCCUAUUAACAUUUUAAAUGCUGAGAAUAUAUCUUUUACAACAACCAAUGAAAUACCUCAUAUUAAUAACCAAGAAAUCGAAGAGGAGAUAUUAAAAUAUAUUGGAAAAGCCGGAUAUAGACAAAUUACAAAUAUUUUGCUCUUCAUAAUUCUGGGUCUUGUUAAACAAAAUAUUCUCAAUAUGAAUAAUCCAAUUAUUCAUAUUUGUUUAUCAG